GGGCGGCGGGAGAGGCCGAGGGAGGGCGCCCGGGGCCGCCGCCGCCUCCCGCCUCCGCCUGAGCCUCCGCCCGCGCGAGCGCGCGCGCGCGCGGCCGACCGAGCGCCGUCGGGGCGGGCGGGGGACGGAGCGCGCGCCCACCGCGUCCCUGCCCCCCUCGAUGGGCGCGGGGGCGUCCCGGCCGCUGCAGCCGCCGCAGGAGCCGGGCUGAGCCGUCGUCGCGGAGCGCGCCGCAGCCGCGGGCCGCGUAGGUUAAGCCCAUCCACAGUGAUGGCCACAGCCUUACCCAGGACCCUGGGGGAGCUGCAGCUGUACAGAAUAUUGCAGAAGGCCAACCUGCUUUCUUACUUCGAUGCCUUCAUCCAACAAGGUGGCGAUGACGUCCAGCAACUUUGCGAAGCUGGAGAAGAGGAAUUUUUGGAAAUCAUGGCGCUUGUGGGCAUGGCAAGCAAGCCCCUUCACGUUAGAAGGCUGCAGAAGGCUUUGAGAGACUGGGUUACCAACCCUGGCCUUUUCAAUCAGCCACUGACUUCCCUUCCGGUCAGUAGCAUACCUAUCUAUAAAUUACCAGAGGGGUCACCAACCUGGCUCGGCAUAUCCUGCAGUAGUUACGAAAGGAACAGCAGUGCGCGGGAACCCCAUCUAAAGAUCCCGAAGUGCGCCGCCACCACGUGUGUGCAGAGCUUGGGUCAGGGCAAGUCGGAGGUGGGAAGUUUGGCGCUGCAGGGCGUGGGCGAGUCCAGGCUCUGGCAAGGACACCAUGCCAGUGAGAGCGAGCACAGUCUCUCCCCAGCCGACCUGGGCUCCCCGGCUUCCCCGAAGGAGAGCAGCGAGGCUCUGGAUGCUGCCGCGGCGCUCUCUGUGGCCGAGUGUGUGGAGCGGAUGGCUUCCACGCUGCCCAAAAGUGACUUGAACGAAGUGAAAGAGCUGCUCAAGAACAAUAAGAAGUUGGCCAAAAUGAUUGGUCACAUCUUCGAGAUGAGCGAUGAUGACCCACACAAGGAAGAGGAGAUUCGAAAGUACAGCGCCAUCUAUGGACGGUUCGACUCCAAGAGAAAGGAUGGCAAACACCUCACAUUGCAUGAGCUCACUGUUAACGAAGCGGCCGCCCAGCUUUGUGUGAAGGACAACGCCCUGCUGACGAGAAGAGAUGAACUUUUCGCCCUGGCUAGACAGGUUUCUCGAGAAGUCACCUACAAAUACACUUACAGGACCACCAGGCUAAAAUGUGGCGAGCGAGAAGAAUUGUCUCCGAAGAGAAUUAAAGUGGAGGACGGAUUUCCAGAUUUCCAGGAAUCUGUGCAGACGCUCUUCCAGCAGGCCAGAGCCAAGAGCGAGGAGCUUGCGGCGCUCAGUACUCAGCAGGCUGAGAAGGGGAUGGCCAAGCAGAUGGAGCUCCUGUGUGCCCAGGCCGGCUACGAGAGGCUGCAGCAGGAGAGGAGACUGGCGGCAGGGCUCUACAGGCAGAGCUCCGGAGAGCGCAGCCCAGACGGUCUGCCCUCCGAUGGCUCUGAUGGACAAGGGGAAAGACCUUUGAAUCUCCGAAUGCCUAACGUACAGAACCGGCAGCCCCAUCAUUUUGUGGUCGAUGGGGAGCUGAGCAGACUUUACUCCAGCGAGGGGAAGUCCCACUCGUCAGAGAGCCUUGGCAUCUUAAAAGACUAUCCUCACUCUGCUUUCCCCUUGGAAAAGAAAACCAUUAAGACGGAGCCCGAAGACCCAAGAUAGCUGAGACUCUCCCACUGCUCUCUGCAAACGGCAGCGGAUUCAAGGAUAAUGCUCCAUCAUAGAAUAAGCCUUAAUAACCACUGUUGCCUCAUUCAGCUCAAACAGAUCACAGCCAAAGCAUAAGAACUCACACAGUCUGUGGAAACCAGGACAAAGCAACAGCCACAGAGGAGGAAAUCAAGAGAGCGUUGCGAUGUAAUAAACACUGACCGUUACCUUUCUCUGUAAGUUGUUCGUAUGGAGAGGCUCGAUAUUGUAAGCAUCUGCUAUUUAAGAGUGUACAACGUGUCUUGUGUAAUUUAUAGAAGCAAAUCUAGGUGUUGAAACCUUUUGUCUAAACCUUAGGUCUAAUAGAUGUGGAUACCCAUUCUUUUUACUUGAAACUCUGUCUAAACGUAUUUACGGUAAAUGUCCCCCAUCAACGUUUCGGACUCGUGCAGUCGUACGGAGAAAGCCUAAGCAACGUAGCGAUGGGCACGGUGGCAGUGACGGGAGAGAGAUGGAAGGCAACUACUCGGUUUACACCAAGGAAGAGGCUGUGUACUGACUGCUUGAUUAAAAUUGAUGUUGGUUCGUGGGAAAUGUGUAGCCGGUUUAUGACAGGCGCUCGAGAUGUAAGAAAGCAGGACAGACAGCUUGAAAUAAAUGAGCUAACUCUGCGAGCCCUGACGUAAACAUUGGUGUUUCCGAAUACGCUGAGUAAAUUAAGGCAUAGUAAGUUAACCCUCCGUGUGAUAAAGAUGGCGACCUGGGUGAAUCGGCAUGGCGUAUGUGUCUUGUUUUUAGUUCUGUGGUAGAUCAUGGCUGUAAUAAACACUGGCCCCCACUCCGCUCUACGGAACCCCCCGCUGACCGCGUGUCCCCUGAGAUGGCUGCACCCCAGUCUCUAACCACUGUCACCGUCGCUUUCCCUUGUGACCCGCAGAAGAGGGUCACAGUAGGAGAUGCCAGGAAGCAGCUUCCGGGCCUUCAGAUGGCUUCUCUCCCUUCUUACGGGUUCCCACGGGACCAGGGCGUUUUGCCCACUGCAGAAGUCUCUUACGGACCUCGGCCUCUGUGCUACCCCGACGCUGAUUGUCGUGGUUUCCCCACACACUUUGUGGAGAGCGAGCGUGAGAGCGGAUGAAUAGAACGUCCAGGUUUUAAUAUUAGCCACAGCACUGGCCAGUAGUAGCCCAGUACUUUCAUGAACCACUUCCUGUAUUCUGUAAUCUAUUUUGAGAAAUGUAUGGGGUCCUGUUUUUAAAAAAAAACAAAAACAAAAAACUUGUGUCUUACAUUUCAGGAUUGUAGAUUUUAACAUGCAGGUCUUAGGAGAUGAAAUCUUCCAGCUGGCAUUGGUCUGUCUCUCCGAGGCCUAGACCCUGCAUCUUUGGCUCUAGAAGUAGGUUUCCUUGAGUAACGUUUUUUUCUGACUUCCAAGCUUAGAGAUAAAGAAGCACAAAAAUAAAAAAGUUCAGUAGAAUACAGUUUUUAUUUUAUAAACACUAACGUAUUAAACUUGCUAUACAUUAAAGCAAAUAUAAUAUAUAUUUUUAUUUGAACGGUGUAUAUAAAUUAGAUGUUAUAACUAGUGAUUUUUUUUUUCAUUUGGGUUAAGAUAUUUUCACUGAACAAGGUCAAUUGGUUACCUCAGUAUUACAGCCAAUAUAACCCCAGGGACCAUUUCUCCCCAGGUCUGUAUUAUCUUUCUUGUGUGAAUUCUGAACUUUUUGUGAUUCUUAAAACUGUUGAUGAGAAGAGAUGAGUGCACUUUGCUUCCUGUGGCAAUAAAGACUUCUGUGCCUCACGGGUCUAUGCCUAGAACCUUCCAUCAACCGUGACGCUGCCCGCUCGCCUCGCCUACAGCGUGUCAGGGCACAAGGUAACAUCUUUUUUCUUCCCGUGACGCUGGGGGCUGAACACGCAGGCCUCACACAUGGACCAGGGUUCUACUACUAAGUGAUAGGCCCAGCAUCUGUUCUACAUUUUUCUUCUGAGACAGGAUUACUAACUUGCCUGAGCGGGCCUCGAGUUCGCUCUGUAGACCAGAGAGGUAUUGGUUACCUUGGGAGGCCCUUCCUAGUAUGUGGCUCACACAUCUCGCACUGGAGAUGGCUAAGUAUUAUUGGUCCAGCACCAUUUUGUUUAUGGCUUUGAUAGUGUUCUGAAUCUUCCAAAGAAAACUAAAAGACGGUAGGGGCUCCUGCUCACUGCAGUGAUGUGUGCUUGGUUUUCUUUUGAAGGUUCAGAAUGUGAGGAGACACGAUGGCAAAUACUUUAAAUCAUUAAACCCCACUUCUGGCCGCGCUGUGUGCGAGCGUCGUUUCAGGGAAAUUUAAGCCUGUUAACUUGCUCUUAACCGUGGGCUUUCUCAGGAAUGAGAGUCUCCAACGGGCUUCACGGGAACCAAGCAUCCUCCCAUGACUGUUGAAACCCCAAAUUGAUCUCAGAAACCUUGGUGAUAGCUGACUCCGUAGUGACCUUUCAAGACAAACUUUUGCAACCCCUAAAUCAUCAAAUGCUAACACUGUGGUAGCAUUUUUAUUUCUGAAUGAGCAAUGGUUCAGUCUUCCAAACUGCCGUGGAUUCUGGUUCUACUGAUUAUGAUAAUGAAGAAAAACAAUCACUGUUUCUUAUCAGAAAAUAUGAACGAGAGGUUUGAGUUCUUAAUGUUUUUAAGUUUUACAUUUGGUUUACACGUGUUCUGUCUGUCUGUCAAGUUUUGACCACGGUUUUUAACAGAAUCAUAAAUGAGAGCUGGUUUCAUUAUAAAUUGAGUUGUUAGAACCCUUUCCUUCCUUCCCUCCCUUCCUCCUUCCCUCCCUCCCUCACUCCUUCCCUUCCUAUUUCCCCAUCUGCUAGGCCACAUAAUCCUUAGGCAUUACAACAGCGUCCUUUUGAAGUCUGGUCUCCUGGAAGUCCGAUUCUGGUCACAAUUUCCACGAUCGUUCUUCCAGUAGCUCCACUACAUCCAAGCCUCACCGUAGAAGAAUGGAGGUUCAUCUUCAACCAAAGAAUCUGAGAUGUUUGUAGCAAUCCAGUAUGACCUUCAAAGAGAAACAUUUGAAAUAAUAUCACAUAACAGUAACCUUAGGAUUUCUCUCUGCAUUUAUGUGAAAUGCUCGCUACUAUUAUGUUUCCUUUUUUUACUUUUAAAAUAUUUGAUCGGGCCAGUAGGAGGUCAGGCUUUAGGCAGUCCUUGAAGACUGAGGCGAAGAUCACUGUGAGUUUUGUGUUCGGCCUACACAGAAAGACCUGUCUCAAAAGGAAAACCAUGCCUGGGUAAAUAAAAGUGUAUAUAUUCGAGUGAACCAAA